UCUGUCGUAAAUACAAACAGACAACGCGCAUGCGUCAGAGUUUCUAUGGUUACCCGGACGCUCUACAGCUUUACAAUAUUAAACAUGUCAUCCAAAAAAGGACGGAAGCUGACAAAAGCACAGAAGGCGAAGAAACUCCAAGAUGAAGAGGAGAGGAGACUGCAAGAGGAAGAAGACGCACGUGUACAAGCAGAGAAAGAAGAGCAGGAGAGAUUGGAAAGAGAAAGAAAGGAGAAGGAGCUUGAAAGGCUUGAGUCAAAGGACCUAGAGCGCAGAGAAGAUGAGCUGAAUGAACUGCGCCAUCUACUGGAGGAGAAUCAUACUGCAGUAACAACAUGGAAAGCAGAUGCUUUCGAGACAGCCAAAUGGGAGAAAUACAUGCGUUGUGAUGGUAUCCCAGACCCCGCGGUACAGAAGGAUAUUAACACAUAUAUCAGCUUAUGGAGGGAUGACCCACAUGUGGACAUCACACUCGUGCUCAAGCAAUGCAGUGUGGCUCUGCAGCUGGUGGAGGAGCUGGAAGGUCUGCUCAGAGAUGUUACAGAUCCACAAGAGGGCCACAAGUAUCAGGAAACACUCAUCAGUUUGCAGGAGCUAAUUCACUCCAAACACCAGCUCACCACUGAGGAGAUCCUCAAGAAGGCCAGUGCAAACAUUGACACAGAGACAGGCAACAUGCAGACUGUAGUCAAAGAUGACAACAUUACACUGUGUCUCUGGGCCAACCUCAAGAAGAAUCCAAGGUUUAAAGGUUUAACCUUUGAAGAAACAGGCCUUGGCUUUGAGCUUCCCAAACAGCUGGCUGUGAGCAAUAUUGCCGUCCGGAUCCUCCACACACAUUAUGAUCACCUGUCCAUACUGGCCCGCAUGACUCACCUGAGAACACACACAGCCAGCUACAGGUCUCUGGCAGGGGACGAGGAUGUUCCAGCAGACGUGGAUGAACCUGAGCAGGAGGAGACUAAAGAAGAAGAGGAAGUGAAGGAAGGUAGUGAGGCAAAGCAAGAGGGAGAAGACGAAGAGGUGCAGUCCAUCCAGGGGCUUGAAGGGAGAAAGAGUGAGGCCAGUUUAAAGACAAGGAGUGACAGUGCCCAGUCUGUGGGAGGCAGAGGGAGCCAGAUACAAACACAGAUUGAGGCACUUGGUGCAGAGGGUGACUUGAUUUCAUCCUCUGUGCAGCAGACGAAGCUAAACCAAGGCGUGGUUGACUUAAUGCAGUACACACCUCUGGGCGGGGUCUUCUACUAUGAUGUGUUUCAUCUCCCACCACAAGCCCACCAGGUCAAUGGCUGGGAAAUAAGACAGCUUCUAGACAAAGGACUACAGGUGUUCCCCUAUCCUGUGCAGAGCUCUACAUCAGAUGAAAACGAUGCUCUGACUUGCCCUCCUGUUGGUGUGACUGUGACGCUGCCUGAGUCUGUCGUCUUCUUGGAGACCCCUCAAGUGGCUCACUGGGACGUUGCAGAAAAGCAGUGGAGGAUGGACGGUAUCACUGACGUGUCUUAUGAGGAAGCAGAGGCCAAGAUCUCAUUUAAAAUGGACUCCUUCCAAGCCUUUGUGCUAAUGCAGGAAACUUAUGUUAACUUCCCCUUCCAGCGCUGGGAGCUCAGGCCACUGGAGCAAAACUCAGCUCUUCUCACAGUCAACGGGGCGCUCAUUGACAUCAGUAUCACUAUCCAGGGGGAUCAGUGCAUGUUGCAGUCAGAGCUAGAGAAAGGCCUGUGUCACCUCAAAGGGAAGUGGAUGAGCGGCCCCACUCUGCAGAGGGCAAUGCUUAACGCAGGGGUCAACAUCUUUGGGAAUGAGUACACGGAGAAGUUUGUCAGCACAAGCAGCAAGGACCCUCUGAUAGAGCAUGCUGCCUACGAACAAAUGGCCCUCUUUGCCUCAGCCUGUGCCUUCUCAUGGAGCAAGUGGAAUGCUAAAUGCGGCGCUGAGCAUCUAGUCAUCCAGGUGUGUGAGCAUCAUGGCCCUGACCCUGUGCCCAGGGACUCGUGGAGACUCUACCUGCUUGGGGCUCAGAGGUUUCAGAAGCUUGAAAUCACAGAGAGGAGUGAAGCUUUCUCUCCAGACCAUUCUCCAGGCAGCGAGUUUCACUCCACCUUCAUCCACAUGCUCCAGGAUGACAUGAGCGCUGAUGGUAAAAGAGAAUCCAACAAUCUGUUUGUGGAUACAGUACAGAGUCUGCUCUGUGCCACCAGACCUCUGAUGUAUUCAUGAGUUGUAAAAUCACUUCAAAUAAAUGAAGACAUUUUAAACACCAA